AUGGUCAAAAUCACGAUCGCAGGCGGGACCAGCAAUGUCGCCCAAGAGAUAGUCGACGCACUCGUCGCCACCAAGAAGCACGAAAUCCUGCUCCUCUCGCGAAAAGGCGCCCCCGCCAACGCCCCACAGCGCGAAAACGUCUCCUACGCGAAGGUAGACUACACUUCUGUGGGUGACUUGACCGCAACGCUCGCCGGCACCCAUACAGUGCUGUCAUUCAUCGCGCCGUUCCACGACCAAGACGAGGCCUUCGAAGCCCAGAAGAACCUCAUCGACGCGUCAAUCGCAGCCGGCGUGCAGCGCCUCGCCCCCAGCGAAUGGGUGUGCGGCGACUCCAAAACCAUGCCCUGGUACGCCUACAAAGCGCGCACACGCGCCUACCUCGCAUCCAUCACCAAAGACGCCCCCCAGCUGCAGUACUCCUGCUUCCAGCCGGGCCUCUUCACCAACUACCUCGCCGGCCCGCACCGCAGCGCCCCGCACCUGACGCCGAUCCAGACGCCGCUCGACUUCGACAACCGGCGCAUGCUGGUGUGCGAGGGCGGGCUGGAGGCGCGUAUGACGCUGACGACGGUGCAGGAUCUGGCGCGCGUGGUGGUAAGGGCGGUGGAGUAUGAGGGGUUGUGGCCGCAUGACGGGGGUGUGCGGGGGAGCGAGAUGUCGCUGGGCGAGAUUGCGGCGCUGGGGGAGAAACUGCGUGGCUCCAUGGCCGUCGAGGGUGUCCCGCGCGCGGCGCUAGCGUCGGGCACGUGGACGAGCUCCUGGCGCCCGAAGAUCGAGCACUCGGCGUUCCCGCCCGAUCAGGUUGAGGCAGUAUCUGGGGCGUUUGUUGGAGGUUUCCUUCUGGCGUUUGAUGCGGGCGAUCUGUGCGUGUCGGAUGCGUGGAACAGGUUGCUGCCGGAUUUUGAGCCACAGGGCGCGGAGGAGUUCUUGAGGGCGGCGUGGGAGGGGAAGCCGUAGAUGGAGGCUGGGUUUGGUGUAGACGUGCUCGUUGAUGGAGAGGAUCUGGUGUGAUACAUCUGGCAAGUUGCUCUGUAAUUGAGAUGGAUCGAUGUAGCAAUCAAGGGACUUGACUUCAUCUCUGUCACAUGGCCAAUGCGAUUACGGACGUUCUCACAAGCACCGAUACAGGUGUCAGUGC